AUGCCGUACGCGUACGUGGACGUAUCUUCAGCGUACCGUCAGAUAUACCGCAGACGUAUCGAUACAGGUACGCUUCCCGAUGCGUACCAAACACGUACUGAGCCGAGGUCGAUCGAAAUACCAUCAGCGCAAGAGCCGCCAGCACGCGGAGUUUCCGCACCCAAACCGUGUCCGUUGCGCAUCGAGACCGUUUUGAUCAAUCUGGAAGCUGGGAAAAGGACACCACUAGAGCAGAAACUUCAGCGUCAAUUUUGGUGCUCGUCGGCAAUAGCCUUCUUCAAGCCCAAUCAACCAGAUGGUGCUCAUGAUAAUGCCUUUGUUUCCGAUAUUUUGUAA